UUAAACGCGGAUCAACUCUGAAUUAAUCAGCAGUCAGUCAAAAGAAACAGAUCAACCAUUAAAGGGUUGCAGCUUAACCAGUGUGUAACGUGACAUUUUAUCCACUUAAACCACUCAAAGGGAAAGAUCGUUUUACAAAAUAAGAUACUAAGUAUGGCAAGAACAUAUUUACCACAUUCCCGAAGAUGCUGUCAAGCGUACUUAACUAAUCGAACUGAUUCCUCAGUAUGCUACCGUUUCCAUGCGCAAUCCCCAACUUAAGAAAAAAACCAUCAAGUCCCGGAACUGAAAGACUAGUACUUUGUUUCGUCGGGGAAUGUAAAUAGUGUAACGCUUCCUGUCAGUAACACGUAUGAAUGGACCUUCUUGGUGCCAAGCGUUGGAAGGCUUUUGCAAGUUGAAUUUUAUCUUCACGCAGUUUUAAAAUUAAACAACAUUGUUUAUAAAAUGGUUUUCUUCACUUGUAAUGCUUGUGGAGAAUCAUUAAAGAAAGCACAAGUUGAAAAGCAUCUGAACAUCUGCAGGAAAUGUGAAUGUUUGUCAUGCAUUGACUGUGGCAAAGAUUUUUGGGGUAAUGAUUAUUUAAAUCAUCUUAAAUGCAUGAGUGAGAAUGAGAAAUAUGGUGGCAAGGGCUAUGAAGCAAAAUCUAGCAAAGGUGAUGUGAAACAGCAGCAGUGGAUUCAGAAAAUACAUGAAGCUAUGAAUAAGCCUGGUGUUAACCCAAAAGUUGCUGAAAUACUGAAACAAAUUAGUUCCUAUGACAAUGUUCCAAGAAAAAAAGCUAAGUUUCAAAACUGGAUGAAGAACAGUUUAAGGAUUCACAAUACAGCUUUGCAUGACCAAGUGUGGGAAAUAUUUUCAGCUUGUAGUGUACCAAACAGCAAGGAGGAUAAUCCAUCUCUACCUCAAGAAAGUCUUAAUCAAAAUGAAACUUUGAUUAAAGAUAAUGUAGCUGCUUCAGAUGAAAAGAAAAAGUCUAAGAGGGAAAGAAAAGAAGAGAGAAAAAAUAAAAGCAAGAAAGAAAAAAAACAUUUGAAGUUGGACAAUAAAAAGGGAAAUGAAGACAGAAAGUCUACCAAAAAAGACAAGAUUGAAGAUUCAGACAGCCAGUCAGAAGGAGAAGAUAUUUCUAAAAGAGAAAAUGGAGAACUGAAAAAAAAGAAAAAGCAGCAUGCAACAGAAGACUUUGAAGAAAUCGAUGUGGUAAAUGAAAAUGAGCAUGAAAGUUCAUUUAGCAAUGGAAAAAGAAGGAAGCGCAAGCUUGAGUGUUCUGAAGAAAAUACAAAAGUUAAACAGCUGAAAACAGAACCUGAAGAUGUGGAAUUUGAAAAUGAAAAUAAAGGGAAAUUCAAUUGGAAAGGAACAAUUAAAGCAGUUCUUAGAAGUGCACCUGAAGAUGGAAUACCAUUAAAAAAACUUAAAAAGAAGGUUCUAGCUCAGUAUUAUGCUGUGACAGGCGAACAUAAUCACAAGACUGAAGAAGAGUUGAAUUCACUUUUUAACAAGAAAAUUAAAAGUAAUCCUAAAUUUAGACUUUUAAAAGAAAAGGUCAUACUGGUAAAAUAAAAUUAUUAAUUAUAAAAAUAGCACAAAUAUCUGUGUAAAUGAUUUUUCUAUAUUCUACCAUGUCAAAAUAUAACAAGUAUGUGGUUCAUUUUUCAAAUGCAAUUAUACCUGUAUAUUUUAUCAUUUUAAUGAGUGGAAUUUAUGGUCAUAUUGCAUCUGAUUCAAAAUGAUGAUUUCUUCCACCCUCAUGUACUUUGUAAUUUUUAUAUUUCUAACUGUGAUGUGCUGUUUUUUUAUUUUGUUUUUUUAACCCUUCCAGUUAUUCCUUUUUGGAAUAAAAUAGUACAAAUGUCUGCCACAGGGUUAUUUUUUCAUGAGAAUUUUUAUUUCAAAUCUGUCAAGCAAGAUGUAAAUGUUCCUGAGUGUUUGCAAAAUGUAUAACUGGUUGUCUCUAUGUGCUUAGUUUUUUGUCUCGGCUGAGAUGGUUACUUUAAUAUUUUCUCAUGUACACAUGAAAAAAUGAAAAACUUAAACCUUUUCCAUGGUUAGAGAGGUAUCAUACUAGUUUUAGGAUUAAAAGUGUCUUUCAUUAAGUUAAUGUACUCAUGAAGUUAUUUUUUGAAUGCCUAAUAUACAGUAGCCAGUGUCAGACACUACAAAAAUAUAACCUAGUAAACUUCUAAAGGACUGUGUCUUUGUAAUACUGCAUUUAUUCUCAUAAUCUCAUAGAAAUUGUCUCUCCCCAUAUUUUUUUUAUUUUUAUAGUACUUGAUGUACUCCUGCCCUUGGGCAGCCAUGGGACUUCCAGGCUACGUCAUAACAUCUGAAGCUGUGAAUCAUAAUCUUUGGUACAAGGCAGCACUGUUUGGUGAAUGAUAUAUAGACACAGUAGCAUUGUUUAGUUAACUGCAGAUGUUCCCCAAACACCCCUAGUGAAAAUGCAGACCUUUUUUUUUGGCCAGUGUGUGUUUUUUGUGAACAGCUCCCUUCUCUGUCUCAUUAUUGAAUGGAGCAAAAUAUACACAAAUAAUUUUGAAGCAGAGGGAAGACAAAAAUACCAUUAUACGAAGUAGUAAAGCUUUUUUCCUGCACUUUAGUUAAAGGCUAUACAUUGUAUUAUAUUUUAAUGUGCAAAGUUAAAAAAAAAAAAUCAAAUGCAAGUUUUUAAAUACUAAGGCCACUUGCAAAGAUGGAUGCAGUCAUUCUUAAGGUUAAUACGACAAGUCAAAAGU